GCAGUGUCACGUGGGCUGAUUUGUAUACAGGUUGCCUUGAGGCGUGCGCACAACCUCCAUUUUGUUUCCUCUUGCCUUUCGACGACGCUGGUGAGAAGCACACCGAGAGUCCCCUCAACGCAAACGCAAGAAUCACCCAUUUAAACAUGAGUGGAUCUCGUAUAUUCAUUGGCCGCCUAAGCCCUAAUGCAAGGGAGAAGGAUGUGGAGAGGUUCUUCAAAGGGUAUGGCCGCAUCCGGGACAUUGAUCUGAAGAGAGGCUUUGGCUUUGUGGAGUUCGAAGACCCCAGGGAUGCUGAAGAUGCAGUGUAUGAACUUGAUGGCAAAGAACUGUGUAGUGAAAGGGUGACCAUAGAGCACGCUCGUGUGCGUCUGCGAGGCGGCAGAGGAGGGGGAGGAGGAGGAGGAGGAAGAGGAGGCAGCAUGGGUGGUGGCGGCGGCGGUGGUGGAGGAGGAGGCCGCUUCUCUGAUCGUUACGGUCGAGGCUCUCAGAACAAUCGGAGUCGAAACCCGCCUCCGAUGCGCACUGAGAACCGUCUGAUUGUGGAAAACUUGUCCUCCCGUGUCAGCUGGCAGGACCUGAAAGAUUUCAUGAGGCAAGCUGGAGAGGUGACAUUUGCAGACGCACAUCGACCCAAACUCAAUGAAGGAGUGGUUGAGUUUGCCUCUUACAGUGACCUGCAAAAUGCGCUUGAUAAACUUGCUGGAAAGGAAAUCAAUGGCAGGAAAAUUAAGCUUGUUGAAGCAUCCAAGAAGAGGUCAAAGAGUCGUUCCCACUCUGACAGCUCCCGCUCUCGUUCACGCUCCCGCUCUCGUUCACGUUCCCGCUCCCGUGAUCGUUCCCGCUCCGGCAGUCCCAGGCGUUCCCGCAGUCCCAGACGUUCCCGCAGUCCCAGGCGUUCCGGCAGUCCCAGGCGUUCCGGCAGUCCCAGGCGUUCAGGAAGUCCCAGGCGUUCAGGAAGUCCCAGGCGUUCCGGAAGUCCCAGGCGUUCCGGAAGUCCCAGGCGUUCCGGCAGUCCCAGGCGUUCCGGCAGUCCCAGGCGCUCCGGCAGUCCCAGGCGCUCCGGCAGUCCCAGGCGCUCCCGUAGUCCCAGGCGCUCCCGUAGUCCCAGGCGCACCCACAGUCACUCUCGCAGUGCCUCUCCCAUCGCCAACGCGUCCUCCCCAAACUCCAAGUCAGCGGAUCCAAACAACCAAACGAGCAUGCCCGCAGAUCCCCCUCCGGCCCAACCUCUAGAGAAAGACCCAGGUUCUCGUUCCCGCUCUCCUUCCACUGAUAGUCAGCGCUAAAAGCCACUCAGUUCCCAUGGGAGCCAGUUGUAGAAACAAUGUUUUUUCUUUAUAGAAUACAUUUGAAGGGUUUUGCUUGCUGGCUCCACGACAAAUGCUUUGAUGUUUAAUUUUUAUUCAGUGACAAGUGAGUGUUUUUGAUACUCGGUGUGACCUCUUCAUUCUGAUCUGUUCUUCCUUUUUAGUCUCAUUUCCUAAUGUCUUUCACACUGCCAUCCUCUGUUUUGUUUUUUGGGGGGUUAGGGGGUGCCCAUGACUAAAUCUGCAACCAUUCUGGUCUUUGUUCCUCUAUCUACAGCAUUUUGUCACAUAUGCAACACGACGGUCUAUCUCACAUGCUGGUUGGUGCUUGGCGCAGGUCAGCACAGUUUCAUUGGAAAUGUCCUUGUUACCCACUUGGUGUGAUGGAGUGCGUGUGUUACGACCGUGUCAAGUAUUUGUCCCGGUCUCUAAAGACCAUGUAUGUAACUUCAUGUGCCCACGGUUUACACAGUCCAUCAACCUGCUUCUUCUAAACACCGUAGAGAAGCUUUUUAUGUUGCAUCUUCAUCACGCAAUGUUCAACAUUGUCUACCGCUUGCCGUAGUAGUCAUGGAAACAACAUUGUAAAGGGAACGUGCAAUGAUUAUUUCAUUGAAACACUCUAUAUUCACAUCCAGCCUUCAUUUAAGAUGACAUGUCGAGGUCUUGUUUUUUUUUUUUAUUAUUAUUGGCAAGCUUUUUUUUUUUUAUGCACUAUUUGGUUCUUUUUUUUCCCCAUCCUGUGUGUGGUUGGUGUGUACAGAAGUUUGGAACAAUACAAUCUUUUGUACAUAAGGGUUUUGUUUUUGAAUAAAAAAGAAAGGACUAUGUAGGACUUUCUCAUUAAAAUGAUUUUAAC